CAAAAGUUUCUUCGGCGACUCUCUCACUCUCUUUCUCUCAUAAAACGGAAAAGGAGUCAUCAAUCAUCAUCGUCUAGCCAGCCCUCUCUUCUUCGGGGACGGGUUGGUUGGUGCCGUAUGCGUUUCCCUUCUCCUCCCACGAAUCGAAGGACGAAACCCUGAGGUGGAGAUGGUGGUGGCGUUGGAUAGGGUGAUUGGUGCCCUUGACCUGUGGCUGCAUCUGCUGAACAAGGACCAGAAGCCGCGGGUCGAUCCCAAUCUCGACCCCGUCCUGCUCGUUCCCGGAAUUGGAGGUUCCAUCCUCACUGCCGUCAACGAAAAAGGCCGGCAGGAGCGCGUCUGGGUUCGGUUGUUUGCUGCUGAUCAUGAAUUCCGCACAAAACUCUGGUCGCUUUUCGACCCCUCAACCGGUCAAACAGUUUCCCUGGAUAAGGAUACAAAAAUAAUUGUUCCGGAUGAUAAUUUUGGAUUAUAUGCAUGUGAUAGCUUGGACCCUGCUCUGAUCAUUGGACAGGAGGCUGUGUGCUAUUUCCAUGACAUGAUAGAAGAAAUGAUUAAAUGGGGUUUUGAGGAGGGCAAGACACUCUUUGGUUUUGGUUAUGAUUUUCGUCAAAGUAACAGGUUUCAUGAAACCUUAGAUCGGUUCUUAGACAAAUUAAAGUUGAUCUAUGACUGCUCAGGGGGCAAGAAAGUUAAUAUUGUAAGCCACUCCAUGGGGGGUUUACUGGUGAAAUGUUUCAUGUCUUUGCAUAGUGAUGUGUUCGAGAAGUACGUUAAAAGUUGGAUCGCUAUUGCUGCUCCUUUUCAGGGUGCACCUGGGUAUACUGCAUCAUCUUUAUUGAGUGGAAUGUCUUUCGUGAAUGGAUGGGAGCAAAAUCUUUUCAUCUCUAAAUGGAGUAUGCAUCAACUGUUGAUUGAAUGCCCUUCUAUGUACGAGUUAAUGGCUUGUCCUCAUUUCAAGUGGUCUGAUACCCCACUCUUACAAGUCUGGAAGGAGAUAGUUGAUGAUGAUGGGAACAUUAGCUCUAAACUCGAGUCAUAUAGGCCAUCAGAAAGUAUCUCUAUAAUGGUGGAUGCACUUUCAAGUAACAAGAUUCAAUAUGAUGGAGUAGAAAUACCGCUGCCAUUCAACUUAGACAUCUUGAAGUGGUCAAAUGAGACAAGGAAAAUUCUGUCAUCAGCAAAGGUUCCUCCCUCAGUAAAAUUUUUCAAUAUAUAUGGUAUCUGCAACGACACACCUCACAACAUAUGCUAUGGCAGUGAGAAAAGCCCAGUCUCAGAUCUGCGACAGCUGUUGAUAUCUGAGCCAAACUAUGUCUGUGUUGAUGGUGAUGGAACUGUUCCAGCAGAAUCAGCAUCUGCAGAUGGGCUUCCUGCGGAAGCAAGGAUUGCUGUUCCUGCUGAUCAUCGUGGAAUAAUCUCUGAUCGACACGUAUUCCGCAUCCUCAAGCACUGGCUUGGGGCUGGUGAACCAGAUCCAUAUUACAAUCCUAUGAAUGACUAUGUAAUUCUGCCAGAUGCUUCAGAAUUUGUACAGGCCAUGGGUGGCCUAGUUAAAGAACAGUGGGAAAUCAUAAGUGAUGCAGGUGAAGGUGGUGGUGAAGCCAAAGAUGUCUCCUUUUCCUUGGGUUUAUCCCUAUCCAGUGUGGUAGAUGAAUCUCAAGCUGAGGAAUGUGUCAUAAUGCGGCCCAAUUAUGAAGAUAAUGUGGAUCUUGGCUUUAAAAGAUUGCAAGUUGCUGUAUCUACGCGUGCUUAAUGGGAGUUGCAAAAUAGUGGCGACGUCACCAUUGGCGGGUCCAGUAUAGCAUAUAUGUUUGUCUUAUAUGUAUAUAAAACCAUUGUAAAUUAAGUUAUUCAAAACUCAAUGGAAUUGAAUAAGUAUUCAACGAAGAAUGGCCAGGGACAUGGAAAAUUGGAAAGGUGAAUGACCUCUUUCCAUGAUCUGGUUUUGUGUAUACUUGUUGGAUGAAUGCAUUACGUUGGACAAUAACUGCUUUCUCUCUGAUUUGAAAAAGUGAUUAAAAUUGAA